CGCCCUAUCCAGUCUUGGGCAAGGUUCAACUUGCUGGACGCAUUGAGCUCCAAGCUGGUGCAGGAACGCAGCACAUUUUAUCAUGCAAUGAAUCUGUUUUUUGGAAAGAUUGCAGGACUGUGACGCGUUAGCUUUUUUGCGUUUUGCUCUUUCUUUGCAAUGUCGACGCUGGGCACGAGCUAUUAUGUUGACUCGCGUGUUCUUCCCGAGCACGAAGAUAUGGCACCGAGGUACUCAUCAGCUGCAGGGGUGGAGCAGACGGUGCUCACCGAAUAUGGCGGACAGGAGUCUUGUCCUUUGCAGGCGAAAUCUUCUAUUUUCGGUGGAUCUUGGAGUCCCAUCCCGGCCCACCCUCCAAACACAGCCGCCCCGACCUACAUACAUCACCACUACACGAACGGGGACAGCGAUGGCAUGUUUACGCGCUCCUGGGCGAUGGACCCGGUCUCCGCGUCCCUGUGUUUGACGGGAUUACCGUCGGCGGCCAUGCACUAUGAGAUAAAACCCGAGCCUCUGAUUGGGAGCGCUGAAUGUACAACUUUGGAGACGCACACACCUCUUUUGUCUGACAUUGAAAACGGAGCGUCCCUUGCGGAGAUUCCCUGCGAGACCACAUCCACGUCUAAGCCCUGUGACGACAGCCCGUCAGCAGAUGGGAAGAGGGAGCGAGAUGCAAAUAACCCGUCAGCCAACUGGCUUCACGCGAAGCCCACCAGAAAAAAGCGCUGUCCGUACACAAAGCACCAAAUCCUCGAACUGGAAAAGGAGUUUCUGUUUAACAUGUACCUCCCUCGGGACCGUAGGUACGAGAUAGCCAGACUGCUGAAUUUGACCGAGAGGCAAGUGAAAAUCUGGUUUCAGAACCGCAGGAUGAAGAUGAAGAAGGACAACAAGGACCGACGGAGGGACAUUUAACCCGGUUCUGAACUGAUGGAGGAUUACAGAGUCCGAGACAGAAAGAGGGGAAGGAGAGGGGGGAGGGUGGGGGUCGUCUGUCCUUAGUAUUCCUGAGCUGUUACACAUGUGGUUGUAAAGUUUUGUGUUGUUGCUUCUUUUCCCUUCUCUCUCUCCAGUGAUCCAGUGUUUUCAUGUGUGUGAGGGGACACAGUGUCUCGUAUUGACUUUAGAUGUUGUAAUUUGCGCAGACAUAUACACACACACACACACACACACACACACACACACACACACACACACACACACACACACACACACACACACACAUACACACAUAUAGUAUAAAGUAUAGUAGGCCUAUUUGUUAUCUGCAUGGAAUUAUCCUCGACUUUGACCUGAAUGUCUUCUACGCUACCUAUGUUCAUUGUUUAAGUUAUUUUAUUAUGUUUUUGCCACUUUAGAUGUUUUUUUUAAAAACCAUUUGUGAAAACACUGUGCACACUUAAAAAAUACCUCGUCGUUCUUAGUUUCAUCCAAAAAAUAAAGAGUAGUUUGUAUA